AUGUCUGCAGAUGAAUAUAUUCUUGUUGAUUUUCACCAUGGUGGACAUAUUGUCAAGGAUCCUAUCCCGAGAUAUGUAGGAAAGAGGGGUGAGGAUGGUCACAUGAUAGACAAGGACCACUUUUCUCUUUUUGAGCUUUUGUCCUACAAAAAGGAUAUGGGUUAUGCUGAGGUAGAGGGUUUUUAUUUAAUUAAUCCUAAAUCUAAUGACUUUGUCUUGAUUGAAAAUGAUGAACAAAUGUAUAAUAUAGUUUGUCACCUUAAUCAUCUUGAUCAUUUAGAUUUGUAUAUUAAGCAUGUAGUUAAUGAGCCUGUGUUGCUUCAUGAGACUGUCCCAUGUGGCCUUUUAUGUGGGCCAGAAGUUGUUGAACCAUCUACUGUUCCAGGGGAUAUAAAUGUCCAAGAAAGUGCUGCAAAUAACACAUCUGUGCCUGAGGAAAAUCUAGAUGAUGUUGGAGUUGCAGGUGAGAAUUUACAAGGGGCUGAAGAAACAACAAACAUAGAUGCUAGUUUGGCAUCAGAUCUGUCAAGUAGUGAGUCUGAAUUAGAUAACAUUCCUGAUGAAGAUGAUAGUGAUGUGAAUGAAGAGCUCACUUCAUUAAGACCAUCUAAGGAGGACAGGUUUGCUGGAAAAUUAGGAGGGGAUGAAGACUACUACACCAGUUCUGAUAUUGGAAGUGAUGAUAGCACAGAUGAGUUAGAUGUUUUAGCUGAAAGAGGUAUUGACUUACCUCCUAGAAGGAGAAGUAAAAAGGUAAGGUUUGACCCUGACUGUUACCUUGCUAUUUUUGAGCUUGGUAUGGUAUUUGAAAAUGCUGUAGAGUUUAGAAAAGCAGUAGCCUCAUAUGCUGUGGAGAACAAAGUGCAACUAACAAUUAGGCCUAAUGAAAAGGAUAGGGUUAGAGUUAAGUGUAAAGGAGCCAAGUGUAACUGGGAAUUGUAUACAAGCAAUUAUGGAGAUUCAUGUGACUUUACUGUGAAGAAGUACCAUCCAGCUCAUAAGUGCAACACCAAAAAUAAGAACAAAUUAUGUACUUCUAAGUACAUUGCCAAUAAGUAUAAAGAUAGGAUUAUUUUCCGGCCAAAUAUUAAGUUGUGGGAGAUUCAGGAUUUGGUCAGGGAUAAGUUAGGUUUGUAUGUUGGAAGGACUGUUUGUUACAGGGCUAAGUGUAGGGUGAUAAGUCAAUUCAUGGGUGACUGGAGGAUGGAAUUUAACAGACUUGCUGAUUAUGCUGAUAUUAUUAAGCAAACAAAUCCUGGGAGUUCAUGCUGGAUCAGAACAGAUAGUGAGACUAUUCCUGUUGGUAGAAAUGGGAACAAUCAAAUAUUUUCUAUUGCAUGGGUUGUAGUUGAUCAAGAGACAAAACACUCCUGGAGCUGGUUUAUCACAUAUUUGAUUGCAGAUUUACAGUUGGGAGAUGGUGUUGGCUUAACUGUUAUGUCAGAUAUGCAAAAGGGACUAGUACCAACUAUAAGGGAAUUACUACCAAUGGCAGAAUACAGAAUGUGUGCUAGACACAUUUGGUCUAACUGGUCCAAGAACUGGAGAGGUGAAGAAAGGAGGAAACAAUUUUGGAGAUGUGCCAAAGCAUCUUAUGAAGUAAAAUUCAAGGAAGAACUAGAAGCAAUGAAUAAGCUUGGUUAUAAGAUAUGUGAAGACUUGUUGAAGUAUGAUAAAGAGUAUUGGUGUAGGGCAUACUUUAGAGAAGAUUCAAAAUGUGAUGUCAUUGAGAAUAAUAUUGUGAAACAUUCAAUUCUUGGAUAG